AUGAGAAAACCUCCAAAUACUGACUUUUAUCAGCAAAGAUUAAAGGCAUGGCACCCUAUCUUAACGCCGAAAUACGUAUUUCCUAUAUUCUUUGCUCUUGGACUAAUAUUUAUACCUCUUGGAGGGAUUUUGUUUUAUUUUUCGUCUCAGGUCUAUGAAAUAGCUAUAAAUUAUACGUACUGUGAUAAACAAGCGUCUCUGGGAGAAUUUAGGGCAAUUCCAGAGAAAUAUGUGCAAAUGUCAUUUCCAUCAAAUGUUCAAUCUAUGAACCGAGCUAUAUGGAAAAAAAAAAAUAAUGAGAGAUCAGCGUAUUCAAUUAAGGAAACGAUAUGUUUGAUUCGGUUUGAAAUACCGGUAGAUUUAAAACCGCCAAUUUUUGUAUAUUAUCGUUUAACAAAUUUUUAUCAAAAUCACCGGCGUUAUGUUAAAAGUCUUAGUAAAGAUCAAAUGAUGGGAUAUGCAAAGACAGCAGCAGAACUUAGAAGUUCAGACGAUUGUAAUCCUCUUUCUAUUAGUGAUGAUGGGAAACCAAUUUAUCCAUGUGGUUUAAUUGCGAAUUCUAUGUUUAAUGAUACCAUUAGUUCACCGAAAAAACUGAGUUCUUUAUCAGGUAUGGCUUUAGCGCCCUAUUUUAUGACAAAUAAAGGUAUUUCUUGGUCUUCAGAUAAAAAAAUAUAUAUAAAAACAUCAUAUCGUCCUUCAGAUGUUUCACCUCCGCCUAAUUGGAUAUUGAGAUAUCCGAAUGGUUAUAAUGAAACAAAUUUUCCUAAUAUUAAUGAAUGGGAGGAAUUUCAUGUAUGGAUGAAAACAGCAGGACUUCCUACAUUUGAAAAAUUAGCAUUACGAAACGAUUCAAGUAUAAUGAAAGCAGGAGCAUACGAAAUAGAAAUUGCUAUGCAUUUCCCUGUAACCAAAUAUAAUGGUAGCAAAACAAUUAUUAUUUCAACACGAUCAUUUAUUGGGGGAAGGAAUUUGUUUUUUAGUAUUUUAUAUAUUAUUUCAGGUGCAUUAAGUUUUAUUGUCGGGACAUUUUUUACAUGUUGUUAUUUAUUCAAACCAAGAAAACUUGGUGAUCACAGAUAUCUUUCCUGGAAUCAAGCUCCAUAUCAUAAUUCCCUAAAAUCGAUGAACACAACUGAAACUACAUCUCAUUAA